ACAAAGAAUACGAGAUGAGAGUAAGAGUUGUACUACAUAAAGUUUCUAACAUCUGCUAGUUUGUUGAAUUAUGAGGAUGGUUUGAACCACUUUAAAAAGCCACGAGAUUAUAAUUAAGGAUAGUUACAGAGGCUACAGAGGCAGUUUGUCCCCCCUAACCCCUGCAGGUCCGACCUACCGGUUACGCGCAGGAAGCCGCCGGGUGUCUUUUUGUGGAAAGAAUACAUCACCUCUAGCAAAUCAUUCUCUCCAUUGCGUGAGGAUCUGCAACACACAGCUUAGUCGUCCCCUUGUACAUUUAUCAUCUUAAUUUGCACAGAAGGAACAUACCGAUCUGAUAGAAGUACUCCUUGGCAGGGGAAAGACCAUCCCAAGGCGAGGGAAUUCGAUUUAAAAUAGGUAUUAUGAUCCACCUGCACUGACGAAAGCAAGCAACUGUUCCAUCAACACAUACCUAUGCAGCCGUAGCCCUAGGUGGAUUAAUUUACUGAGCUUUCUUAAAAGCAAUUUCUCUCGUUUUUCUUGUCUCUCGUUAAGCUUCUCGAUCCAUUCAACCUUUCGACCCCGAAGACUUCAUAUUAUAUCCUAAGGAUAACCUUCGUUUGCCUAUCAUGUAUGCCAUUACGUUACUGGGCCUGUUGGUUACAACAGGAAUCUCAACCCCCCUGAAAUAUGCCGUCCCUUCGAGCCUGAAAGCUACUGCGUCAAACUGCAUCUACCCGGCCAAUUUCACAGUCUCUAGUUUCACUAUCUACACAGACCGGGUCGACAGUAGCAAAAACACGACUUCAUUCUCUUUUGCUGAUGCGGACACCGGCAUCAACGCUUUCUGUACGCAAAACUCAACGUCGAAGGCUACAGGCGCAAAUUCCAAUCAAUAUCCCUGCGACGAUCCGAACGUUACAUUCAUCUAUCAGACAACUGGAGUUGCCGGUUUGACUUUGGUUGAGUUGGCAUGUCCUGGAACUGUUCCUCAAUACGAAGCAUCUGGUCUUGUAACACCAGACUUGGCCUGCACAAAUUCGACUACGGCUUCAACCUGCGCAGCUAAACAAUCAACUAUUACGGGAGAUUUUGACAGUCUUGAGCCCGUACCUCACCCCCCUCCAUCAUCUCGUUAAUUGCUAGUACCAAGCGAUGGAACGGAAUGGAAUGAAAGUCGCUAUCAGUGAAGGCUUCUAAUAUCAAUCGACUAUGACCUAUUUGCACUCAAAUUGAGAUAUAAUCAUGGGCAGAAAU